CCAAUCAGAGUGCCCGGUAUGAGCGCGCAUAAACGGAUUUGUUGUUGUCUUGACUGAGUAGCGACAUCCGUGCAUUUACACGAUAAAGUCCGGGUUUUAGAUAACCGAAUCCGCCCGCAAUGAGCCUGUCUCUGAGAACUGAACUCAACAGUGACAAAACCAAACGUAAGAAGAGGAGAGAGCUCACCGAGGACCAGAAACAUGAAAUCAAAGAAGCUUUCGACUUGUUUGACACCGACAAGGAUAAAGAGAUCGACUACCACGAGCUCAAGGUGGCGAUGCGUGCGCUGGGCUUUGAGGUAAAGAAGGUGGACGUUCUGAAGAUCCUCAAGGAUUACGACAGAGAAGGAAAUGGAAAAAUUACUUUUGAAGAUUUCAGCAAAGUGGUGGCAGACCGCAUCUUGGAGCGAGACCCGAAGGAGGAAAUCCUGAAGGCCUUCAAGCUGUUUGACGACGACGAGUCAGGGAAGAUCAGCCUGAGGAAUCUGAGACGAGUCGCUCGAGAACUUGGGGAGAACGUGAGUGAUGAGGAGCUGCGCAGCAUGAUCGAUGAGUUUGACGCCGACGGAGAUGGAGAGAUAAACCAAGAGGAGUUCCUCGCCAUCAUGACCGCAGACUCCUGAGGAACCACCUCUGCCGGCUGGAGGACUCUGGACUGCGUGGCGCCGCUGUCUCUAGAGGCUGUGGAGGGGACUGCAUCCGCAUCAUCCACCUGCACACUUUUCUUUUUUUAACUCGACUCUUUAUCAGCUGAGGGUGUGAGGUCAUCGGAGCGCUGCCGCUUGACCAGAUGCUGGUGGACCUCAUGAGGAGAACAGGCUUCAUGCCGCAGGUUCUCCGACAUUCAUUCCUGAACCAGAACUCAGAAAAAAAACACUGAUUCCCAACCUUUUCACUGUCUGUGUUUUGAUGUCUCAUGUUAGGAUUUUCUAUUUAUUUUUUACUGAAUAAAGAUUUGUUUUGACAGCAA